GAAAUGUCACGUUUCCAGUUGCCGUCGUGAGGCCGGCGACGUCUGUUGCUUAAGGUGCCUACUGAGGGAGUAAUAACAACUCGAAGUAUUAAAUCAGAUGAAAUUCAGGCUACAGACUGCCCUAAUUUUUAACCUGAAAUUCGCUAACAUUAACUUUCCUCGCGUUCGCAAACGAAGCCGCGUGGACAAAUUUGGACUCUUUCCAUGAACAGAAAAAUUCUUUUUCUUCCACUAAAAGAUACUUUCAGGGCAAUAGCGAAGCUCGUCGUACUUAAAUAAUUCAAAAAUGAGGGAUAAGUUUUCAGGUUAACAAAAACUUAAGUUCGCUACUCAUUUUCGACGGCAAUAUUUAACAUGUGGUAUAACCCCAAAUUCUCUUAAUGCUUAUUAAAUCACACAUUUAGACAUUCAUUUAAAACAUACCUGGGAAUUGGCUUGGGUUAUUGAAUGUAAUCUCCGUAAGACACCAUCGAAGUUCAGGAAUUUUCAUGGUAGGCCGGCGGUAAUUGUGUAAACACUUCCACUUUCGAAACGCUCAAAAGUAGACUAACAGCCUAAAGGCUCGUUUUUUUGUACUUCUUGUUGGUUUUCCAAUUGCAAAAUUUCUUUUUCCAGUCAAAGAGUGGGGUAAAAAGGUGAAACUGGGUCAAUUUUAGCCAUUUUGAAACGCUGAACCCUACUAGACGGCGACUCUGCGUGACAAUCUGUUCCGUGACUGCACGUGACAUAACGUACGUUUGAAGAGACGAAGCCGUUAAAAUGACGGUCACGGAAUCACGGUAGUAACGCAACGCAAUUCUUGAAAGAGUAACAUUUUCGAUCCCGACAGUAUUUUGAAGAGGAAAAAGUCAAACGUGCUUUAUCUGGUACUCACUUUUUAUCGAAAAAUAUGGACUUUAACAAUGGUAAUUCGCUAAGGAUUACGGAACAGGAAGAUAUUUCGUCUUCUUACUUUACGAUCGAGGAAACUUGGAGUCGUUAAAUAAGUUAUUUUGGUCACGCUUCACUAUUUUUACCGGACUUUGAUGCUUUCGUUUGGAGGCUGCCUAAAGGAACCCAAGCCAAUUCUCAGAUAUGUUUUAGAUGAAUGUCUAAAUGUGUGAAUAAACGAGGACCGGGAAAAUUUGGAGCUAUACAACAAGAAGAAAAAUGCCGCAGAAAACAACUCCUUGAUUAAAGUUUUUGUCACCGUAAAAACCUGUUCUUCGUUUCUGAAUUAUGUUAGUUCAACGAGUCUUGAUAUUGCUUUGAAAGUAUCUUCUAGUGGAAGAAGAAGAGUUGCUCUAUUGAUGAAAAGUGUCCAAAUUUCUCCUUGCGGCUUUAUUUGCGAACGCGAGGAGAGUUGAUGUUAGCAAAUUUUGGGUUGAAAAUACAGCCAUUUUGACACUCCGACCACGAAAACUGAUAUACUUACUUUUCUCGAAAAUAAGAGGCUUUUUGCGAGAACAACUUACAUCAGAUUACUUAUCUACCUAAAAGUUAUUUAUGGACAAAACUCUUGCCACUCGAUGGUCGAUAUUUUCUGACCGUCGCUCUUAUAACCCUAACAAAACUGAUUACCUAAUUUAUGUACAGUUUAUUAAUGCAGUAUCUUCUUUUUUAAGUAAUAAACAACAAUUUUAUUCAACUUUAAAAAUACGUACAUAAUUUACAAAAAUAUUUGAAGUAAGGAUUAAGCACUAUACCACAUUAAAAAUUGUAUAAAAUUCUAAAAAUACAAUCACUGUGUCAAUAACGAUUUAUCAAAUACACUCCUUGCGGCUCAGAUGCAAUUAAUAACUCUUGCAGGUAGUCCAGCGUUUUAAAUUAAGGUGUUUCGAUGUAGUUCUUCAGAGGCCAUACCGAUAUUUUUCAAUCGCUUUAAAAGUGAUUUUAUCCUUCUCUGAUGGCUAUAAAAUUUUCACCAGUGAUUGACUAUAGGUUGAAAUUUGUCAAAAUGAGGGUUUUAGUAAAAUGGAUCUUACUAUGACAACAAUAAACAAAAAACUUUGAAAUUGAUAAACGCCUAAUGUUUGCACGAUCUAGACCAGCUACUGAAAAUCCAACACUAGGAACUUAAAGUUUGGUGUCUAGCAAAUAACCUUCGUAAGAAAUAAAAAAUUCUGUGUGUUUUAAUUCAAUUAAAACGAAAAUAUAUUUCAAACCUUAAAUCUUCAAUAGCCGUGAUAGAUGAUUUAAUAAAAACGUUAUAAAUGACUCAAAUUAUUCUUAAGUAGCGUCAGAAUGCCGCUUAAUAUCAUAUUUCGUCGCUCGGAAAUGUUGGUGUAUUUUCGUUCUUGCGAUCUUAAAAUCUAACCCGUUUUCUCAGCACCUGUCUAAGCGCAACUUCAUUCAAAAUUUAGACUUAAAGCGUUUUUUUUUGUAUAUCUCUGAAACGACUCGAACGAAUUUUUUAAAAAUCUUUUCACAUAAUCUUCCUAAUGUAUAUAAUGAGAUCUGAAACUUUCAUUAAGAUUGAUUCACUGCAACAGCUUGAAAUUUCAAGACAAACCUAUCCUACGAACCCGUCAAAAAUCCGCGCUACAACAUUCACUGUUUUGACGUUAUGCUAGUUUUUCCAAAUUAAUGCGGACAAUACAUAUAUCAUAUAUCAUACAUUUCAGUGUGAGUAUUGCCAAUGUUUUACAUUCAAAAGAUGCGAUAAAUUCAAACUAAAAUGUCUUAGUCAUGGAGGUAUGUAUAGUGCGUAUUAUCUUGGAAUAAUUAGCAUAACCUCAAAACAGUGAAUGUUGUAACGCAGAUUUUUGACAGGUUCGUAGGAUACGUUUGUCUUGAAAUUUUAAGAUGUUGCAAUAAAUCUGUGACCACAUUGAGACAACAACUCAAACGCGGUGAAUUCUAACACUGAAAAACGGCUGUUGUUUUACUGACAAGUAGAUAAGGUUGACGUAAAACUAGAAAGGAAAAUACAAUUGAAAGAUAUUAAUUACAUGCGACGAGAAAUGUACUAAGUAAACAAAUACGAAUACAAACUUAGCUAGAAAAUUACAACAGGCGAAAUAAUAAACCAAAUAAAAGAGGAAACGAAAGAAAGAUUAAUACCUUGUGAGCCUAUUAUAAAUUUGUCCAGAAAAACCAAAAUUCAUCGCUGAACUAGCGAGCGAAGUAAUCUCUGACCGCCGAGCUAACGAUCAUGAAACUUAGAAAUAACGGCUUGGUCACCUGACCCCAAAAGGGCGCGAAAAUUACACUACCGCGCGGUCCUGGGCUGGCUAGCAGCCACAAAAUCAAUCUCAAUGAAAGUUUCAGACAUUAUUAUAUACAUUAUGAAGAUUAUGUGAAGAGAUUUUUAAACAAUUCGUUCGAGUCGUUUCAGAGAUAUACAAAAAAGCGCUAAAAGUCCAAAUUUUAAAUGAAGUUGCGCUUAGACAGGUGCUGAGAAAACGGGUUAGUUUUCAAGAUCGCAAGAACGAAAAUACACCAAAAUUUCCUAGCAUCAUAAUAUGAUAUUAAGCAGCAUUCGACCACACUUAAGAAUAAUUUGAGUCAUUUGUAACGGUUUUAUUAAAUAAUCUAUCACGGCUAUUGAAAAUUUACGGUUUGAAACAUAUUUUCGUUUUAGUCGAAUUCAAACAUACAGAAUUUUUUACGUCUUGCGGAGAUUGUUUGCCAAACACCAAACUUUAAGUUUCUAUUGUUGGAUUUUCAGUAGCUGGUCUAGAUCAGAAAAAAUUCGGCUUUUAUCAAUUUUAAAGUUUUUUUUGUAUUGUUGUCAUAGUAAUAUCGACUUUACUUAAAACUACAUUUUCACAAAUUUCAAUCCAUAGCCAAUUACUGGUGAAAAUUUUGUAGCGAUCAGACAAGGAAAAACACUUUUGAGGCGAUUGAAAAAUAUCGGUAUGGCCUCUGAAAAACUGUGAAUCAAGACCACGUUUAUCUUUCCCGAGUACAGCUUCAAGUCAUCCGUAAACAGUAACUGAAUGGUUGACUUCCCCUCUCCGCCUAACUGGUAUCUUCUUAGGAUUUUAUAAGAAUUAUAAUGAUAAUAAUAAUUAUUAUUAUUAUUGUUAUUAUUGUCAUUACGUGAAUGUGAUAAAGGGAGUGAACAACAGACCAGAAGCACUGCCGCAGUAAACGCUCUCAAGAUGUCUACAAUCUUAGACAAAAAAGUGUUAAGAAUUUUGCAGUUUCUUCCUCGCAGGAGACCCAAUUUGGCAUCAUGAUGACCCCUACCCCCACCUCUCCCUGGUCAAUGUUUUUUGAGUGAGCCGGGCUUUAGAGGGAAGUAUUCUAAAAUUAGACAUACGAGGUGCAUUUUUCUCGACAUUUUUCUCCAAGUUUGUAGCUAAAAUGAACUGAGCAAAUGAACAGAGAAGAGACGGGCCAUGGAAAUGACAUCAUCAAAAAACCCACAACGGAAAUGGUAGGAAGAGAGUAUCACUGGGAUCGAUGCUAUUUGGUCCAGUUGAGGAGGUGUACAAGUCAGCUUAUAAUGAAAUAACUGGUGAGAUGAUUAGAGAAGCAGCAAUAAGAACUAAAGGCUCUGGAGGUCCCUCGAAUGUGGACGGUAAUGGCUUUCAAAGGAUCCUUGCUAACAAGUCUUUCAAGAAAUCUGACUCAAGUUUGUGCGACGCCCUUGUAACGCUGACCGUUCGGAGUACAUUGAUCUCACGACUUUAGAGCCAAUUCUAGUCGCCGUGUAAUCCCGAUGGAUAAGGGUAACGGUGAAGUCCAGCCAAUAGCACUGGGGGAAGUAAUCAGAAGAAUUAUUGGAAAGUGCGUAACAAAGGUGACAAAACAAGAUACACUAGAGUCGAGUGGCUCGCUUCAGCUUUGCCCAGGUCACAAAUCCCGGAGUAAGGAAGCAGUGCACGCAAUUAAUGCACAGCUUAUUCUAGCACGAGGAGACCAAUGUAGUGUUGAUAGUGGAUGCGUCAAACGCCUGCAACUCACUAAAUCGAGCAAAACCCUUCAUAACAUCAGGGUUCUUUGUCCGGCAAUCAAUACCUACUGAGCACCAGCACGACUUUUCAUUGUAACGGGGGGUAAAGAGCUUCUUUCUGCUGAGGGCACUACGCAAGGCGAUCCCCUAGUAAAGUGCAUAUAUCCCCUCAGUUUACAGCCACUUAUCUCUCGCUUACAAGCAGUGAAACAAGCCGUCAAUGCUGGUUUUCAGAUGAUGUGAGAGGCUGUGGAUCGCUACAGGACAUCAGGGUGUGGUGGGACGAGUUGAUAGUGGCUGGACCGGACUUAAGAUACUAUUCUAAUGCUGGAAAAUGUUGGCUUGUCAUAAAGCCUGAUAAGGAAGAGACCGCUAAAAGCAUCUUUGAAGAAACAGCAAUCAACAUUCUCCCGCAACGACGGAAGCAGCUGGGUGCGGCACAUAAGCAGUACCUCAACGGUAAAGUCGAGGAAUGGGUGGCGCAGUUGACAAAUUGGCAAUGUUUGCUCUAUUGCAGCCCCAGGCUUGUUACAUUUGGGUUAAAACACCGUUGCCCAAGUAUCAUGAGGGUCUCAAUGGGUAGUAGCUAUGACGGUUGACGGUUAAUUUUUCCCAGUUUUGACGGUUGACGGUUAAAUUUAUAACUUUUGACGGUUGGCGAUUAUUAAAUAGAACGUUAGUCCAAGAGUUAUUGUAAAUAUUACUUUUUGCAUAAAUUAAUAUUAACUGUUGUGUUUUGGGGUUUGUCUUGGCCUUUCACUAAUCAAACCUAAUAGAAUUUUGAAAUAUUUUCAGAUAAAAGUAAGUUCGUAAAGGUCUUAUGAGUGAAUGUCAGUAAAAAUCAAACAAAAAUCGAAAAUUCUUGGCCACAGUCAAAAAAUCGAUUCGGCUCAUUUUUUGUCCAGGGAAAGGCUAAGGUACUUCAGUAAAAUGGAACUAGUGUUUUGAAAUACGCUUUUGUUUUGAAAUAAACCGUUAACAAUAAUUUUGCCGUAUUUGGCUAUGCGCCAGCUCAAAAUUUCACUAUGUUCAAAAUAAUCGUGUUCGGUCUAAAACAUAGCAGCCAGUCUUCUUUUGCUAUAACUAUUCAGUAGGAGCCUUGUUUUAUUAAAAUAUAUGGAAAGUUUUCGUCUCAGCUUAUUUUUUUAAGAAAUAAACUCGAAAUUUGAAGGAACAUUUGGCAGCCCUUCAAGGACAUGCAAAAGUAGGGUUAAAUCAUCGCGAUGGAAAGGCAUGUUGUAGUGCCUGAAAAUCGUUGGUAUUACUACUAUUAAUUACUAAAAUACAGUCCUUAAAAGUUACCGGUUUUUUUUUUCUGGGAUCUUGUAAAGUUUUCGAGCGAGCGCCGACUGAAUUUCCAUAAAAUCGCAAUCUGACCUAAAAUUUAGGGUCACAAAUAACAAGACGUCACGCGAUAGAUUGGAGAUAUAUAAAUGACAAUUUUGGCUCAUUUAUAGUCAUUUGUAGUCAUUGUGUUACUUAAAUGAUACAGGUAAGCUAAAAUAUUGUUUUUUUCAAAGUGUUGCUUUGAUACUGGACUAUAACGGUAAAAAAAAAAAUUGCGUGAGCCACACUCGCUUCGUCUAAUUAGUCUCAGUAUUUAUUCAUAUCCACGAAGGCACUGACAUCAACGCGACUUCAAAACUCAGUAGUUUUCUGGAAGAAGUUGUUGUUUUCUCAGAAGAGCUGCUCAUCAUUGGCGACUAUAACUUCCACAUGGACGAUACGGCUGACAGAUAUGCGGCACAGUUUGGCAGUUUAUUGGACUUGUUUAACCUGAAACAACAUGUGACUGUUCCCACCCAUAGGAGUGGUCAUAUUUCAGACCUUGUUAUCUCUAGGAUGGACGCGGAGGCUUUGAAAGUCAAUGAACUUGUUGUAAUGGAGCAGUUAAUUUCUGACCACAAAGCUAAUUGCUUUCAGCUGAAUCUUCAGAAACCGCUCAAUGAGCGAAAGUCUGUUGUUAGCCGCCGGCUCAGGAACUUUGAUUUUGAGGCCUUUUAUAAGAUAAUAAUCUCUUCAGGCCUGCGAGCAGAUGUCAGUGAUCUCUCCCUGGAGUUGAUAGUUGACAGGUAUGAUAACGUCUUGCGUGAUACCAUGGACAUAUUGGCUCCAGUGAAAUCUCGGACCAUUGUCCUUCGUCCAAACGUCCCCUGGUAUAACGAGGACAUUGGCAAUGGGAAGAGGAAGAGGCGCAGGUUAGAGCGCAGAUGGCGCUCUAGCCGCCUUGAGUCGGACAGAUUGAGCUACAUAGAGCAAUGUAGUGUUGUGAAUACAAUGCUAUACAAAGCCAAGGAAUUUUAUUAUUCGUCGGUUAUCCGGGACAACGCUCAUGACACCAGGCUUCUCUUUUGAUCUAUAGAUAAGCUACUGCAAAGUCAAACUGAGAAGCAUUAUCCUUCCGCAGAUAAUGAUCAACAACUUGCUAAUGAUUUUGCAGAUUUUUUCACUGCCAAGAUAGAAAGGAUUCGUGAAGAGCUUGUACUUAGGAAAAGUGGACUUGUUCACUCCUCUGGUCUGGCCAUGUCGGCCUGCCUGUCACGGUUAAGUGAGUUUGAUUUGGUCACUGAUGAUGACGUCUUGAAACUGAUCUGAGGUGCCAUUAUCAAGUCUUGUAAACUUGACCCCCUACCAGCAACCAUAAUGCAAAGUUGCUAUUCGGCUCUUGUCCCGGUAUUCAAAACGGUAAUCAAUCUGUCGCUGUCGACUGGAUCGAUGCCAGAGGAUCUUAAGAUUGCUUCGUUGCGUCUGCUACUGAAGAAACCGACACAGCUAAUCAUUCUUUGCUACUUUCGCUUCUGGAGAACUUGUUUGGUAUCACGGGAACUGUUCUGCAGUGGUUUCAUUCUUAUCUGACUGGCCGAUCUCAGUUUGUCGAAAUUAAUGAUACAAAAUCGUCCACUGACUCUGGGCGUUCCGCAGGGCUCUGUUCUAGGUCCCAUUUUGUAUCUAUUGUACACUGCACCACUUGCUGAGAUAAUACGUAGUCAUGGUAUCGUUUAUCAUUUCUAUGCUGAUGAUACUCACCUCUACAUAUCGUUCAAAGGAUGUGAUGUCGAUUUUGCAAGGCUGCGUGUAGAGAACUGAGUCACUGAUAUAUGUCGUUGGAUGGACGUAAACGAGCUGAAACUCAAUCACGACAAAACAGAAAUUAUGCCUAUUUACUCGAAGUACCAUACUCGUCCACUUUUCAACUACUUUAGUAUCGGUAAUGAAAGGCUGACAACCACUGUCAAUGCUAGGAGUCUGGGAUUAGUACUUGAUGACCACAUGUUAUUCGACGUGCACGGCUCAGACAUUUGCAGAUCAUCUUUUAACCAGCUUAGGAACUUUUCAAAGAUUAGAAAAUAUCUCACACGGGAGUCGAGUGAAAUUGCUGUGCAUGCUUUCAAAACAUCUAAACUAGACUAUUGCAAUUCCUUACUCUACGGCUGUAGUAAAAUGCAGUUGAAGAAGCUUCAAUACCUUCAGAACACUGCCGCCAGAAUUGUUACUCAGACUCGUAAAUUUGAUCACAUUACGCCUGUCUUAUUUGACCUUCACCGGCUUCCGGUUAGUUGUCGUAUCGUUUUUAAAAUUCUUUUGCGAGUUUUCAAAUCACUUAACAACCUUUUCCCUACCUAUCUGGCGAACAGAAUGAGUUAUCAAUCGCAUUCCAGGGACUUGCGGUCCGCAUCUAAGCAGCUGUUAGACCAACGUCGAUCAAUCACGAAAACUUACGGGGACAAGGCUUUUUCAGUGUGUGCCCAUAAACUGUGGAAUUCACUACCAUUAGAUUUGCGUAAGUCACCAUCUUUAACUGGUUUUAAGAAAGAAUUGAAAACAUAUCUUUUUAGGCAAUUUUUAGAGAGUGGGUCAUUGUUUUUGUAAACUUUAUGAUUUUAAGACCUGUAAUAUAAUGAUUAUAAAUAGAUUUUUGAUAUGCUUGUGAUAUGUAAAUUAUUUCGUUUUCCCCUUUUUUACAUUGUAAAGCGCCAUGAGCUUAGGAUAUGAGCGCGAAAUAAAUAAAGUUAUAAUUAUUAUUAUUGUUAAUGAUAUCUGAAAUAAAUCAUAUAUGAACUGCGGAAAUGGAAUGAAAAGGAAGAAAAGAUCGUCGCAGUGAACGCAAUUUAUGCAAUUGCGUAAAGAAGCGUGAAAAAAAUUCAGGACUUCAACGGGGUUUGAACCCGUGACCUCGCGAUUACCGGUGCGAUGCUCUACCAACUAAGCUAUGAAGCCACUGACGUCAGUGGCUUCAUAGCUUAGUUGGUAGAGCCUCAUGCUUUCAGGCUUCUUUACGCAAUUGCAUAAAUUGCGUUCACUGCGACGAUCUUUUCUUCAUUUUCAUUAUUAUUAUUAUUAUUAUUAUGGCCAUGUAUAUUUUCUUGCGUUCUGUAAACAGUGAAAGAAAUAGGUGGUGGUUUGAUAAUAACAUAAAAAUACACUCUUCCUAUUUCUAAAGUCGAGGUAAUGUGCCGAUCAACUCGAUUGAGGGUCUCGAUCCCUUCAACAUACCCUGGGCAACCCCUCGAAACCCCGGCGCAUUUAAACUUUUUAAAACAACCUGUCCUGUGUUCAAUUUCUCCAUUACAUAAGCUCUAUGUAAUAGUCAAAUGCUCCUCCCAAAGAAUCGUUAAUUCGAAAAAAAAAAGCCUUAAAGUGCCGUGAUUUACCGGACUUCACAUGGUGUUGAUCGGCAAUUGAACUGCAAAAAUAUAGCACUCGAUCUCGUUCUGAUACAUCAGAUACAUCAUACCUUCAAAAAUGCAGCGCUAAUGUAGUGUGUUACUUUUGAAGUCCUUACUGAACCAGCUAUUCGUCUAAAAAGUCAGUUUUUUUACCUUUACACUCCUCCAUCUCAAUCACAUAUACAGUUCAAAUACGUCACUCCACCCAGACAAUCGUCAAAUGCUCGAUCCUCUUCGAUAAAUUAAAGUCAAACAGACAAAGCUUUACCUGUCAAAACUUCCAAACCGACUUUUUUCACCUUCUUCGUGUAUUUCGGGAACAGCUUGUUUAAUUAUUUGUGAAAUUUCUUUGUUUAUUACCGCAGCAAAUCGGGAAACCAUUUUGCUCGUAACGCUUCGUUGGAGGAACUGGAGGUGAAUCAGUGUUUAGUACAGGAUAUUCCGAGAUUGAGCAGCCAAUCAGAGCGCGCGAAAAUCACUAUACACUGUUUUAUUUAGUAUAUUCUAAAAAGAAUUAUUCAGAUUGACGUUGUUUGCUGCCUAGUCAGUUUUUCUCUAAAGUGUACCUUUACCUUUAAAAACAAUGUUUUUCCUUAUUCAGAAAUGUAUAAGACCAUGCAACUCUUCAUUUCAGGAGGUUGGCUCCUCAUUUCCAACAUUGUGAUUGGCCCAACUCCCCCCUCUCAGCUGCCAGUCAAGACCUCAUACCGUGGAAUAACCAGUGAUCAGAUGGUUCUCACAAAAACCGCCAUGAAUGAGCUGAGAACAAACUUGUCCUUCACCCAACUGAGAUUCCACUGCGGUAAAAACAAUGGACGUACGUUCCACGUGACCACUGCCGGUAACAGCACUGGUGAAGCUGUAGUCCAAUACUUUAGCGGUCAAACGGAUGCCCAGCCCGCCUCGUGUGGCUCAUAUGUCAGAAUGGAAAAUGACAACUCACGGAUGGCGGGAACUUGUCAACAGUGGGGAUGGUCUAUGGAAGGCAAAUGGGGGGACAGGAGAGAUCAGGAGAGACUGUAUAAAUUCCCUGCUUACAUUCCAGGGAAUUAUUGGUUGACAAACCCACCUGAUUUUCGUUGCGAUGAUGGCCUUUCAAGUCCAACAGCCUCUGGUGAUUUCUGGAAAGUCCAUGUUCGCUAA